AUGGCUCAACUGCCCUUACCGCAGUGGCACUUCGGGAUGCUGACCUGCGCUCUAUUGUUUUUGCUACCUUUGAGCUGCUCAAGUCACCCAACGCUCAUCUCAGAUCAGCUCGACUUUGUCAUGGAGCGUCUCAGUCUGCCAAUGUUCAAAUUCAACUGGACGAGCAUCUCCUGCCGCGUGUGUCAGGCACUCUUCACCAUGUUGGAUGUGGCACUCCUGAGCGACAUCAAUGAAGAGCGGGUGGCGCGGGCUGUCCGGGAGGCCUGCAUCCGUCUCCACAUAGCCGACGAGCAGGUGUGUCACGACAUCACCGAGCUUUUCCGGGACGACUUCAUCCGGGCCUUGCAGGAGUCCCUCCUGUGGCCCACUGAGGCGUGCGCCGUUCUAGUGGGGCCCUCCUGCGGCAAGUUUGACAUCUACGCGGCGUGGAACGUCACUCUGCCCAAAGAUCCCAAGCCUCCCGUUACGCCACCUGUACCUCCUAAACCCGGCUCACCCCAGAGCAGGGUGCUGUUUCUCACAGACAUUCAUUGGGACAAAGAAUACGUGACGGGGAGUCCUGCUGACUGUAAGGAGCCUCUUUGCUGCCGUAAUGAUUCCGACUCGCUCUCAAGGCGGCGCAAGGAGGCAGGCUACUGGGGAGCGUACAGCAAAUGCGACCUGCCCCUCAGGACUGUGGAAAACCUCCUGGAAAACGCCGCCGCGACCGGCCCUUGGGACUGGGUCUACUGGACGGGAGACAUCCCGGCGCACAACGUCUGGUCUCAGACCAGGAAACAGCAGCUGUCGGAACUUACCGUCAUCACCAGGCUCAUUCAGAAAUACCUCGGGCCUAACGUGACGGUCUAUCCUUCCAUCGGUAACCACGAGAGCACACCAGUAAACAGUUUUCCUCCACCUUUUGUUCACGGGAACCGAUCCUCCGCCUGGCUUUAUGACACCAUGGCUGACGAGUGGUCGCCAUGGCUGCCGGAGCAGGCUCUGAAGACCCUGAGAUACGGAGGAUUUUACACGACGGAGAUCCAGCCGGGCUUGAGGCUAGUUUCCCUCAACAUGAACUUUUGUGCACGGGAGAACUUCUGGCUCAUGGUGAACUCGACCGACCCCGCCAACCAACUGCAGUGGCUGGUCCAUGUACUUCAAACCAGCGAAGACAAGGGCGAGAAGGUUCACAUCAUUGGUCAUAUUCCACCUGGUCUGUGUUUGAGUAGCUGGAGCUGGAACUACUAUCAUAUCGUCAACAGAUAUGAAAGUACUAUUACAGGCCAGUUUUUUGGACACACCCAUUAUGACGAAUUCCAGAUGUUUUAUGAUGGGGAGACCUUGACUCGUCCGUUGGGGGUUGCCUUCAUUGCUCCCAGCGUGACCACCUACAUCAAUUUAAACCCCGGUUACCGUGUCUACUACGUAGAUGGGAACUAUCAAGGAAGUUCCCGACUGGUUGUGGACCACGAGACCUACAUCCUCAACUUGACCGAAGCCAACCAACCACCAGGAAAACCCAAGUGGACUCUGCUGUACCGUGCCACAGAGGCUUACGGGCUCUCCAGCCUUUUCCCCCUUGACUUAGAGGGCCUCGUACGGGGCUUCAUCGCGGACGACCGCCUCUUCCAGAAGUUUUGGUACUUCCGACACAAGGGGCACGUUUCCGAGCCGUGCAAGGAGACGUGCAAAACCGCCACCAUGUGCUUUUUGAGAAGCGGACGAUACGACUUGCUGCAGCAGUGUCACCUCUCCGGUGGUGUCAAAAUGAGACAAACUCUGUGUUAG